AUGCUUCAGCAUUUGGUUGUUGUUAUAAGUUUAACCGAGCUUCUGCCAUAUGUGAUCAGCUCCGGUAAGCCGAUACACUGACAAAUAGUAUUACAUCUAUUAGAGGAUAUUUUGUAUUGUGUAUCUGUUGUUAUAACUGGUUUCAGUUCGCAGUAUCGUCUGCAUCAUGGAGAGCUCACUGAAGCAAAUACAGUCACCCGACGAUCUUACUUGGGGUGAAACUGCCCUUGUCAAACGAAGAUAUGAGAAUUUUCUCAAAUCUCUUACCACGAGAACAAGAGUUGCAUCGAAGUUGAUAUAGUUGGAUAUUAACACGCGCGUAGCGAAAACUAUCAUCAACUCUCAUCCGUGUUUGACCAGGACUGAAGGAAGAUUUGAAGAUAACCUAUUUCCUUAUCUAUAUAUUUUAGCUGUGGUUCACCCAAUUGACUUGACGUUUCUUAUUGACGGUUCAAUUAACGCUGGCGAAGACAACUUUGAUAAAGAGUUAACUUUUGUGAGAAAGCUUUGCAAUAGGUUGGUAUUGCUAGGUUUCAAUAACGGAUGCAAGGUCAUCUUCAGAAGCGUUGAUACCUUUUAACAGCCUAUAAUAUUAAGUCAAAUAACGUUGAAUAUCAUCGGCAUAACUAUUCAACUUGGAUGGUUAUGAUGUUGAAUAUCAUCGGCAUAACCAUUCAACUUGGAUGGUUAUGAUGUUGAAUAUCAUCGGCAUGACCAUUCAACUUGGAUGGUUAUGAUGUUGAAUAUCAUCGGCAUGACCAUUUAACUUAGAUGGUUAUGACGUUGAAUCUCAUCGCCAUCGGCAUAACCAUUCAACGUGGUUGGUUAUGAUGUUGAAUAUCAUCGGCAUAACCAUUCAACUUGGAUGGUUAUGAUGUUGAAUAUCAUCGGCAUAACCAUUCAACUUGGAUGGUUAUGAUGUUGAAUAUCAUCAGCAUAACCAUUCAACUUGGAUGGUUAUGAUGUUGAAUACCAUCGGCAUAACCAUCAACUUGGAUGGUUAUGAUGUUGAAUAUCAUCGGCAUAACCAUUCAACUUGGAUGGUUAUGAUGUUGAAUAUCAUCGGCAUAACCAUUCAACUUGGAUGGUUAUGAUGUUGAAUAUCAUCGGCAUGACCAUUCAACUUGGAUGGUUAUGAUGUUGAAUAUCAUCGGCAUGACCAUUUAACUUAGAUGGUUAUGACGUUGAAUCUCAUCGCCAUCGGCAUAACCAUUCAACGUGGUUGGUUAUGAUGUUGAAUAUCAUCGGCAUAACCAUUCAACUUUGAUGGUUAUGAUGUUGAAUAUUAUCGACAUGACCAUUCAACUUGGAUGGUUAUGACGUUGAAUGUCAUCGGCAUAACCAUUCAACUUGGAUGGUUAUGAUGUUGAAUAUCAUCGGCAUAACCAUUCAACUUGGAUGGUUAUGACGUUGAAUAUCAUCGGCAUAACCAUUCAACUUGGAUGGUUAUGACGUUGAAUAUCAUCGGCAUAACCAUUCCUAUAAUCUAUAAUUCAAAAAUUCAAUCAUAACCAUGGUUCACUUUAAUCGGAGGGGGUAAGUUCGGGGCCCUCAAAAGCGCGGGGCCCGUGACAGGCAUGACAUAUGUCACUUCUGCCAUAUGGUUCAUCCAGCACUUUCUAACCUGGAUGAACAGUUUUUGCACAUUUUGACUUAUAAUACACGACUUUUACUUGAUCCGCAUGUGAUUUAGUACACGAUGCAUAAACAAACUAUCAAUAUAAUAUAAUAUCACCUCACAUAUUUAGAGAAAUUCCACCAAACUUGAUACAUUCUUUCUCUCAGGUUUUCAAUCACAAAGAAUGGCGUCCAUGUUGGUUUAGGAGUCACCUCAGAUGAUGGUCUGGUUGCAUUCAAUCUAAAAGAGAAUCAAGAUAACUCUAGUGUUAAUAAAGCUAUUGAUAAACUAACAUACCCUGGGGGAGGUUCAAACUUAGGCAAAGCCCUCACUAAGACUAGAGGAUGGAUUUUUAAAACAAGCUCACGAGAGAACGUUCCUAAGAUUUUGGUUGUGCUGUUUAAAGGUAAUAGAGAGGUUCAGAUUGGACUUCCACUGCUACUGGCUUUAGUACGCACCUGAUUGGGUAAUCGGGUAUAUCAAACCCAUUUGAUUGAUCAAUGGUCCACCAAUAGACCUUUCCCCUUUUAAGUGAAAUUUUGAUCUAGACAAGUCUGGACAAAAAUUUCAUCACAGCUUGAAAGAACAUCACAAAAUUAGUAAUAUUCCGAAGUUUCAUUGCAAAAUGUUGUAAAAUGCGGAUAAUAUAGCCUUGCGAAGUUUGCCGUUUUUCAGUCAUUUUGUAUUAGAAAUGGAAAUUGAUAAUCAGUUUGAUCAUCUGAUUAUCAAUUUCCCGAUUGUAAAGCAAAAUGACUGAAAAACGGCAAACUUCGCAAGGCUAUAUUAUCCGCAUUUUACAACAUUCAACGAAACUUCGGAAUAUUACUAAUUUUGUGAUGCUCUUUCAAGCUGUGAUGAAAUUUUUGUCCAGGCAUAUCUAGAUCAAAAUUUCACUCAUAAGGGAAAAGGUCUAUUGUAAUGGAGUCAAAUCUGAACCUCUAAAGGCCCGUUUACACUUGCAAUUUUUUCAGCAAUUUUCUCCCUCUGAUGGAUGUGAACGAGUGAAUGAGUUAUGAAUAUUCAGAUAAGGGUGUAUCAGUGAACUGUAAUAACACUGGAACGCUAACUGCAGAUAAACAUGCCCAUACUUGCCUGAAGCCAAGAUGGCGCUUCUCGCGAGCACGGCCAGCAAUAAAUUAACUUUCAAAAGGACUGGGGAGAGUUUCGAGGAGCGGGAAAUUCAGUCAAAAGUUUGUUUUUGAGCGAAAAUAAGCAAGAAAAAGUACUUUUUUAUUAAAAGGCUUCAACUUUAAAGAUUCAAACCUGGUUUCCUGGAUAGUUCUAAGUAUUUUACAUCCACUAACAGCAAAAACUUCCUGGGUAACAGCUUGAUAUUCAAAAUAUUACACAAGUUUGAACGUGCCGAAAAAAACUUCGCACUUUGACUCCUGAAAAAAGAACUUUAUAACUGCUCUACGUUCUGGAAACAUGUUUUGUAUUAAAUUUCAGGUAUUGUUGAAAGUUUUUAGCUUUUUUCCUUGUUGAAAUACAGCUAUUUAGUGGUCGAAAACAGACAUCUUUUUGGUGACGUAUUUUCCACUCCAUACGUACAUGGCGGCCUUCAAUUUGGCUUCAAAGAUGGCCGCCAAGUUAUCGUUCCAGUUCCCUUAGAGUUCACUGGGGUGCAUAUACUCAGAACAUUCACAACUCAUCUACUCGUUCACAUCCCUCAGAAGACGAAAAUCGCACCUAAAAUCGCAGGGAAAAUUGCGUGUAAACAACAAUAACUGUCGUGGUUUGUGUCAGGAGGAGAAUAGAUAUUGACUAACAAACUUCCUGAAGAACAGCUGUAGUGCUCUCGAAACGUUGAAAUGGCAACUUACUGCACAGUGCUUCAGUUAAAAUGACCAACUACUAUUAAGGCAGAAACUAGUUUCAUAUUAUUAUGCAGAGUACAAAAAAACUGUAUUGCGUUCAACGGGAUUCGAACUCGGGUUUCUAGAUUGACACUCGACUGACAACGGAUUUUUGGUAAUCGUUCCAUGUUUCGCACACCAAUAUAGUAAACGUUAUGUAAUGGAUAUUAUAGUGUACUGAAAAGUUAACUGGAUACCUCCAUACCCGUAUAUACACACCCUAACCCUAUCCCUAACCUUAAACCUAACCCUAACCCCUAACCCUAACUUAUAUUGGUGCGCGAAACAUGGAACGAUAACCGGAUUUUUCGUCAUACCAUGCAGUAUCGGAAUAAAUAUGAAAAUAGUUUUCCGUAUCAUUAAAGGAUGGUUCUGAAACAUAAUUUCUGCUUUCUCUACACAUCAAGGUACAACAGCAGAUGAUAUAAAGGUCCCUUCAGCUGAACUUCAAGAAGACGGAGUAAAGAUAUUAUCAAUAGGAGUUGAAGCGGACCGUAUUCAAGCCAGCACUCUAUCAUCUAUAGUUAUGUUUGAGAACUUAGUGGAGUUUCUUUAUGAUAGUGAUGAAAAACUGAAUAAGAUUGUAAAUAUGAUUAAUGAAGGUCGGUUUCUGCUGGAAUUUUAGGUAUAAAGGAAAGGGUCUAGGUGAAUUAUGUAUUGUACAGCGGUUAGUGUUCGUCUCUGUGACUUGAGCUUGGUUCCUGCAAUAAUAUGGAAUUGUCUGAUUAUAAUUUCACCUCAAAAGAGUGCUUUAAUUAAGUUUGAAACCAUUGCAUUUUUUCUGUGUGCUGCAGUUUCAUCCUAUUGCAACACGGGACCAACCAUCCUCAUUCCCAGGGUUUCUUGGCUGCCAACGUUGCAAGCAGCCGAGGAGCCCUGGAAACGAGGAAGGGGACCAACAAAAGACGAGCUUUAGGAGACCUCUACGGAGUUUAGAACAACAACAUUUCAACAACACUGGACCAAUACACGACGAGCCUUAAGUCCUGGCCAAACUAGGAAACAUUGUUUCCUAUCAAUGUUUCGCCAUGUUUCCCAGACUGGGCAAACACUAGGAAACAUUAGUGAGAAACAUAGGGAAACAUCAAAUGUUUCUGAAUUCGCUAGGAAACAUUUUUGCUUCUCGGGAAGCAAAUUUUGUUUCCGCAACAAUGUUUCCACGGGUGGGCAAACAUGGAAACAUUUGAGAAAACAUUGAGAAUCACAAAUGUUUCCACAACAAUGUUUCCUAGUUUGCCCAGCGUUUUAGAACUCUUAAAUCCAGUAUGAAUGAAGUUAGUAAACUAAUCAUGUUGUUUUUCUGUAUACAGCCGCAGGGGUUCACAGCGGAGUCGUCACUCAAGACUUGGACGAGAUUAAUGGUGGAAGAAUAAAAGUAGGCACACUCCAUGGCGAUGCUCGGCAUGAAUCGGUAGCCAUCGGAGGACUUUCGAACAAUGAAGAUACAACCACUCCCCUAGGUUAGAUAUUAAAAUUAGUUCAUUUCUAUUGGAAGUCUGGUUGAAGAUCAAGGCUUAUGGAUUGAACGUUUUUCCAAAUAAAUAUAUUAUUUUCCACCAAACAAUUAAAGUACAACUUAUUUAUUCUAGAACCAGUAGACAUUGUUUUUCUUAUCGACGGUUCAGAGGGUGUUGGGAAAGACGAUUUUGAAAAUGAACUAAAAUUCCUGAUAAAUUUUGUCAAGAAAUUUCCAAUCUCUGAAGCGAUGACUCGGAUAGCACUCGCGACCAUCUCGGAUGACGGUCGUGUUGAUUUCGAUUUCUCCCGUGAACAAGAUGCGCGCACGUUGCAAAAGGGCCUAAGACUAGCGGCGUAUCCAGCAGGCAAGAUGAAUGCGGGAAAAGCUCUGAAGAGAGUACAUGAGGAAGUAUUUAAAACCUUCACCAGAUCUGGAGUUGCACAAGUAUGUAGUGAUUCGCGUGAAGUACCUCAACUUUGCCUUAUAAAAUCGCCUGUGACACCCACAGCAAAAUAAGAUCGUGUUCAUAUCAUAGAUAUCUCGUAUACACUAGAUAGUGCAUCUAAUUAGUCUGCAAUUCUAAAAUUGAAGCCGUCAUUGCAGACUCAGGAUAUUCCCAUGAAAUGAGAAGACUCGUAUGUUUUCUAUUUCUUAAACAAAGAACUUAAGCAUUAAGUUUAACCUAUUCCAAAUACAUUUUCAAACUAUUCAAACGAUGAAAUUAAAGUUAUUGUUGUUUUUUAAGUGUUUAUUAGCGAGUGGGAAACUUCAACAUGGCCGCCAUCUAUUCAAAUGGGGGUAACCGCUGGAAUAUUCUUGGAUUUAAUUUUACUAAAAGAGAUGCGCUAUCUAGUGUAUAUAAGAUAUAUAUGGUUCAUAUGUACGCGCACAGCAAACCGGGAAAUUCACGUGACUUUUGUUAACGCAUAUUGUGUUCAUAUGAGAAACAAGGCAUGGUGAGAUCUCGCCUUGCGCUAGGGGUAAAACUUAAACUAGAGGUAAAUCUAAGGGUAAAUCUCAGCCAAGUGGGGUAAAACUUUCCAUAAGAAAGCUUUAUUCUACCUAACAUGGAUGAACAGUUUUUGCAGAUUUUGACUUAAAAUAUAGACUUCAACGACAAACUGAAUUUGAAUUUAAUAACUUGAAGACUUUUUUGUAACCUAAAAGGUUUUAAAAUUACAAAGGUUUUAACACUAUUAUAUAAAUACUAAAAGAUGAUUACAACGAUAAGAAUGUACUAAAAAUUCAAACAAGCAAGGAGAACUGAAACAAGCAAGACCGCAACAGACACUCACUUUAAGUCAUAAUAGAAGGUGCAGCUCGUCUAAUUACAAAAAAUAAUAUUUGAAGACGCCAUUUUUACGUAAUGUGGUGAGAUAAAACAGUCAUAUGAACACAGAAAUAAUCCCACUCAGCUAAGAUUCCCCUCAAAUUGUGGGCUGUAGCAUGUUCAUACAUGCUAGGGCGUGUCUGUCUAUUGUAUCUGUCUAGGUUCUUGUGAUGAUGGUAAAAGACAGAUCCCUGGAUGACGUCAAAUAUACUGCAGCAGACAUGCGCGAAGAGGGAAUCAAGAUCAUUACUAUUGGUUUGAACAAAAUUCACAGAGAUGCUGACGCUGCGUCUUCAAUAACGAUAUUCCGAGACGGAGUUCACGCACUACUCUCGGAUCCAAACGUUGAGAAAUAUUUGUAUGGGAAAAUUAAAGAACAGACAAACAACAGAACAUGA